AUGGGCGCUGCCGCAGCAGCGGCGGCCAAUGGGAGCGGCGGCGGCGGCGCGGCCCCGGCGCCCCCCGCCCGCCUCCCCUUUAGAGGCGCGGCGGGCGGCCGGCGGCACACAGCCUUCCGCACCGGCUCCGGCAUCGCGCUGCACCGCCACCGGCCCCGCCACCGGUACCGGCACCGCCCGCACCGCGCGCAUGGGGGCCGCCGCGCUCGGCCCCACAUAACGGGGGGUAGCAGCCCCGCCAGUACCCCCGCCAUGCCGGCCGAGCCCUCCCGCUCCGCGCCGCAGCCGCCGCCGCAGCAGCUCCGCGCCGCCCGCCGUAAGCCGCUGCCCGAGGGCAGGGCCGUGGGCCAAAGGGCCCCGCUGUGGCUGCGGGCCCGCUUUCAGGCGCUUCUCUUCGCCCUGGGCUGCCGGAUCCAGCGGCACUGCGGGAAGGUGCUCUUCGUGGGGCUGCUGGUGUUCGGGGCACUGGCCGUGGGACUGCGGGUGGCCUCCAUCGAGACCGACAUCGAGCAUCUCUGGGUGGAAGCCGGCAGCCGAGUGAGCCAGGAGCUGCGCUACACCAAGGAGAAGCUGGGCGAGGAGUCCGUCUACACCUCUCAGAUGUUGAUCCAGACCCCGAAGAGGGAUGGGGAGAACAUCCUGACGCAGGAGGCCCUGCAGCUCCACCUCGAGGCGGCCCUGGCCGCCAGCAAAGUCCAAGUCUCGCUGUAUGGAAAAUCGUGGGAUUUAAACAAGAUCUGCUACAAGUCGGGUGUCCCCAUCAUUGAGAAUGGCAUGAUCGAGAGGAUGAUAGAGAAGCUGUUCCCCUGUGUGAUCCUAACACCGCUGGACUGCUUCUGGGAAGGCUCCAAGCUGCAGGGAGGCUCAGCCUACCUCCCGGGCCGCCCAGACAUCCAGUGGAGCAACCUGGACCCUCUGCAGCUGAUGGAGGAGCUGGGGCAAUUCACGUCCCUGGAAGGUUUCAAAGAGCUGCUGGAUAAGGCAGAGGUGGGGCAGGCUUACAUGGAGCGGCCUUGCCUAGACCCCCACGACCCCCAGUGCCCUUCCAGUGCCCCCAACAAGCAGAGCCAGCAGAGCCCUGAUAUCCCAGCUGAGCUCUCAGGGGGCUGCCAUGGCUUCUCCAGGAAGUUCAUGCGCUGGCAGCAGGAGCUGAUUUUAGGUGGCACGACCAAAGACUCCCAGGGCAAGCUGCUACGCGCCGAGGCCCUGCAGACCAUGUUCCUCCUCAUGAGUCCCCGGCAGCUCUUUGAACACUUCAAGGAUGACUAUGAGAUCCAUGACAUCAGCUGGAGCGAGGAGAAGGCAGGCGCCAUCCUGGAAGCCUGGCAGAGGAAAUUUGUGGAGUUGGCACAGGACUCCAUCCCACCCAACGCGACGCAGAACGUCCAUGCUUUCUCCACCACCACUCUCAAUGACAUCAUGAAGUCCUUCUCUGACAUCAGCGUCAUCCGAGUGGCCGGAGGCUACCUUCUCAUGCUGGCCUACGCCUGCGUCACUAUGCUGCGAUGGGACUGCUCCAAGUCCCAAGGGGCUGUGGGCCUCGCUGGGGUCCUGCUUGUGGCACUCUCUGUGGCCUCUGGCCUGGGGCUUUGCUCAUUGCUGGGCAUCUCCUUCAACGCAGCCACCACCCAGGUACUGCCUUUCCUUGCUCUUGGCAUUGGUGUGGAUGACAUGUUCCUCUUGGCUCAUGCCUUCACUGAGACCAGCCAGCACAUCCCCUUCAAGGAGCGGACAGGUGAGUGCCUGAAGCGCACAGGGACCAGCGUGACUCUCACCUCAGUCAGCAACAUGAUUGCUUUCUUCAUGGCAGCCCUGGUGCCCAUCCCUGCCCUGCGUGCCUUCUCCCUCCAGGCUGCAGUGGUUGUGGUAUUCAACUUUGCCAUGGUGCUGUUCGUCUUCCCUGCUAUCCUAAGCCUGGACCUGUACCGUCGAGAGAAGCGUCGGCUCGACAUCCUCUGCUGCUUCUACAGCCCUUGCUCAUCACGAGUCAUCCAGAUCCAACCCCAGGAGCUUGCCGAUGCCAACGACAACCAUGCCUGCCACCCUUCCCCCUAUGGGCACCCUGGCAUGGCCACAAGCACCCAGAUCACCACCACUGUGCAAGCCUUCACGCGCUGUGACUCCUCAGGCCACCAUGUUGUCACUGUCUUGCCACCUACCUCCCAGGUGUGCACCUCACCAGCUGUCCUCCUGCCCCCCACUGACCCCCUGGGCUCGCAGGUCUUUGCUCCAUCCAGCUCCACUCGAGAUCUUCUGGCUCAGCUGGACGAGGCCAAAGGUGGGCGGGAGUGCGUUCCUCUGCCAUUCUGCCGCUGGAGCCUCGCCGACUUUGCCCGGGAGAAAUAUGCCCCGCUUCUCCUGCGCACCCGGACCAAGGUGGUGGUAGCAGUGCUGUUUCUGGCGCUGCUGGGGCUGAGCCUCUAUGGCACCACCAUGGUGCACGAUGGUCUCUACCUGACGGACAUCGUGCCACGGGACACCAAAGCGCACGCCUUCAUCUCGGCCCAGUUCAAGUACUUCUCCUUCUACAACAUGUUUAUUGUCACCAAGGGUGGCUUUCACUACCCAGGUGCCCAAGCUGCCCUGCUCAACCUGCACCAGGCCUUCAGCACCGUCAAGUAUGUGGUGCGGGAGGGCAAUCGCGACCUGCCCAAGAUGUGGCUCCAUUAUUUCCAGGACUGGCUGCGAGGACUCCAGGCCACUUUUGACAAGGACUGGCAAGCUGGGCGCAUCACCCACGACAGCUACCGCAACGGCUCUGAGGAUGGGGCACUGGCCUACAAGCUCCUAAUCCAGACUGGCAACAAGAAGGAGCCCUUCAACUUCAAUCAGCUGACCACACGGCGGCUGGUGGACGAGAACGGUAUCAUCCCCCCUGACACUUUCUACAUCUGCCUGACAGUGUGGGCCAGCAAUGACCCCUUGGGCUUUGCUGCCUCCCAGGCCAACUUCUACCCCCCACCACCCGAGUGGAUCCACGACAAGUAUGACACCACGGGCGAGAACCUGCGAAUCCCGGCAGCCCAGCCGCUGGAGUUUGCCCAGUUCCCUUUCUACCUGAGCGGGCUGCGUCGCACUGCCGACUUCGUGGAGGCCAUUGAGAGCGUGCGAGCCAUCUGCCGGGAGGCUGCCCAGCGUCAUGGGGUGCUCAGCUACCCCAGUGGCUACCCAUUCCUCUUCUGGGAGCAGUACAUAGGCCUGCGCCACUGGUUCCUGCUAGCCAUCAGCAUCCUGCUGGCCUGCACCUUCCUCGUCUGUGCCCUGCUGCUGCUCAACCCCUGGACGGCUGGCAUCAUUGUCUCCAUCCUGGCCAUGAUGGCAGUGGAGUUGUUCGGCAUCAUGGGGCUGAUGGGCAUCAAGCUGAGUGCCAUCCCGGUGGUCAUUCUCAUUGCCUCGGUGGGCAUUGGUGUGGAGUUCACCGUCCAUGUGGCACUGGGCUUCCUGACAGCCGCGGGGAGCAGGAACGUGCGCUCGGCCACGGCACUGGAGCACACUUUUGCCCCCGUGAUGGAUGGUGCUGUCUCCACCCUCCUGGGCGUCCUCAUGUUGGCUGGCUCUGAGUUUGACUUCAUCAUGAGGUACUUCUUUGCGGUGCUCACCAUCCUGACGCUGCUGGGGCUGUUCAAUGGGCUGGUGCUGCUGCCAGUCCUGCUCUCCAUCAUCGGGCCACCCCCUGAGGCAUCCCCAGUGGAUAAUGUCUCCCGUCUGCCCCAGCCGGAGCCUGUGCCCCCAUGCCUGGGCCCUGGGGGGCUGUAUGUCCGGCGUGCCCCAGCCUGGCCUGCUGCCUUCCCUGACCCCUCGGACACAGAACACUAUGCAGAGGGCGUGGGGCCAAGCAGCCCCCGGGGGGCUUUCAUUGUGCCCCCUGCUCCAGCACACAUCCUGCUAGAAGCCGGCAAAGACCCCAGCUUCCCCCGCAUCACCGUGCUGAAGCCCUAUAAGGACAGCCCAGAGGUCCAAGGGAAGAAAGAGGCUCCUGGCCCACAGCCUGCACCCUCCCUGCCUUUUGGGGAGCCAUGCUCUGUGCCACCCCAAGACCACGCACAGUCUUGCCCAUCAGGUGCCCGACCAGCUCCUGCCACAGCCCUGCCCACCUACAGCACCCACCUGCAGGGUCCUGCCGGCAGCUAUGCCACUGUCACAGCCACUGCUUCAGUGACAGUGGCCCUGCACCCCACACUGCCUGGCUCCUACCCCAGUUUUGGCCCUGAGGGCUUUGCCAGUGGCGAGCGGGACUGCCUGGAGGAGCCCAGCAUGCCCAGCACCGGUGGCACUGCUAUGCCUAAUGCCUUUGAGAUGCAGAGCAUGGGACGUCGAGGGGCAGGUGCCCGGCACUAGGUUACCAGCUCUGAGGCAGAGCAUCUCCUCAGCACCUGGUGGGCACAGGAGGGUGCAGAGCGGGGUCGCCCGCGUAGUGCUGCUAAUCACCGGAGCGGUGAUGCCCCCCGGUUUCGGCUGAGGAAGAUCAGCCACCUCCACACCCCUUGGUGCUUGGCAGGGCAGGCUGGCACUUCUAUGCAAGCUGUGUGCAGGCCACGCCAUGCUCACAAGUCUCCUAUCUAGGGCUGUGCCAAUGGUGCCAUGUCCCCUCACCCAGGAUUUGGGAUUAUCCUGCCCUGGGUUUGUUGACCCCCAGAAAUGGAAGCACUAACCCCCACCCCCCACCCCCUCUGUUUCUGGAGCUGCUGGCAAGGCAGACUCAGUGCCGUGCCAGCAUCCCCACUGCAGGGUCACUGCCAGCUCCCCGUCACCUCCUCCUGGGACCCACCACCCGGGCCAUGAGCUGGGGUGCCCCAACAGGGUGCCCUGAUGCCCCCAUUCUGAUAAAGGGGGCAGCCCCAGAGACAGCAAUGCCCUGGGGCGCCGUGGGCAAGGCCUGGGGCGGGCACUCCCCACCUUUAUUUAUUGCAAAGGGAACCUAUCUAUAGAGAGAUAUAUAUUUUUAAGCUUAUUUUAAAAGAUUUAUUUCUCAGCCUAUGGCCUUGCCUGGCUGCCCAGGGUGCAGGCAGGAGGGGGCAUGCCCUUUGCCGGCACAGGGCUACCUGCCAGAGACAGCAGGAGCCUGGGGCAGGGGCACAGACCUUGUGCGUGCCCCCACUCUAGGCGUGCUGGGUAGCCAGAGGCAUCUCACUCCAUCCAACGCUCUGCCCUGUGCCUCAGUUUCCCCACUGGUGAGCGUGGGAUGGCUGGAAAUGGAGGAUGUGCCACGGCUGCGUCCCACCGCACACGCAGGGUUUUGCAGGGGGGGUCCUUGGGGUGG